AUGAGCGAGGAAGAAAUUGAGACCAAGUUCACCACACUCUCGCUGGGAUUCAAGACGGACCGGCUGACGCUGGCGAAGCGGCUCGAACUCCACCAGCGGCACAGGGACAUCGCCGAGGGCAACAUCCACUCGGAACUGGACGCCAUCCGGGACCUGGCAACCAAGCUGGACUCUCUUUGUCCGGAAGACGAGAAGAUCCGCGAGACGGUGGCCAAGAUCCAGAACCACGUGGCUGUGAUCCAGCAGUCCACCGACCGGGUCUCCAGUCAGGCCGAGGUGUACGGCGCCGUGCAGCAGGAGGAACGCAUGAGCAGGGCCUUCGAAGUGAUGGUCACCCACGUGGAGAACCUCAAGCGCGCCUCCGAGAAGGAGCACCGGGAGUUGGAAGAGGCCCGCAAGCUCCUGCUGGACCACCAGCUCCAGGAGGUCGCUGCAGGCUCGCCGCCCACCAAGGAUCCCCGCCGCCGGGCAAGCGUGGCGUGUUUGCGUCGCCCCUCGAACGAGGAAUCCCGCAUCCCCGUUGCACUCGUUGAUUCCAGGGGUCGACUGUUCAGCGUGCCCAACUCCAACCUGGUGGCGGGUCCCGUGCGGGCGCUGCGUAGUCUGGGGGCGAGCGCCAGGCGAUGCUCGCUGCCCAUGGCCCAGGCCCUGGCGUCGUCCGACGACGCGCACAGCCUCUUCAGGGACGUCGUCAAAGCGGAAUGUCAUCCGGAGGAAGACAUCCCAGCCUGCAGCAGCACCAAGGCGGAGACUUCCCACGGCGUUCGGGACGCCGAGCCAGACGCCGAGUCUGCCAGCGUUUCUCAAGAUCUCAACGCUCAGGUCAUCGAAGAAGUCAGCGCCGUGAGCGAAGGCAUGCCCCAAGAGGCGUCGACCGGAGGAUCAGACACGCUCCUGUUGGACGACUGCCUAAACGACGACGAGGAGCUGGACAAGGACGAACCGGAGCCGAGCCGCGGUCAGGGCCAGACCGAGGGGAGGAUGGCGUGUUCCAAUUUGGCCCUGCUCGAGUGGGCGGCCAUAGUCGUCACAAGACUCAAGUUCUGGCUGAACAGCAGCCGCCGCGUCCUGGCGGGCAAGAGGCGCCUCCCGCCCAUGGCCUCGGAGCGCGUCACGGCGGUCCGCUACGUGGUCAGCGGCUUCCUGCUGGUUGCCGCGCUCAUCAGCGUGCUGGUGGCUCUGCUGCCGGGGGCGUCGAGCGAGCCGCGCCCGCUGAGGACCCUCGACUCCAUCUGGGACGCGCUCAGCUUCAGGGGACCGUACCUAGACUUGCACCGACGAGACGGAGGUCCUCCGCCGCCCACGUGAGGACUACCAGUUUGUGCGAGCGUGAGGUGUUUGUUGCGGUCUUUGGUUGACUUCUGGGUGCUUUGUCCGUUGUGUUCCGUUCGACAGUUGUUCUGCUUGAGAGGAUUCUGCUUGAAAGCGUCCUUCUCUCGAGCAGAAUGCUCUCGAACAAACUUACCCGAGGUUGUGGGGUUUUUAAAAAGGAAGUGACUUUACUCGAGGUUAGGGUUUUCUAAAGGGUGACGCGAACACCGGGAAUUUCUAGGCUUCUCUGUGUUUGUGUCGUCCUUCGGGGAACCUCAAUCUCGGGUAAAAUCGCCUCCCUUACUACUGCCUUUGUUUCUUUUUAAGUCGUUCUUAUUUUCUUUGUAUGAGUACGCAAUGUCUCUUUGCUUGAGUACAUAAUGUUUCUUCUGGCAUAAAUUCUCAUUCUUCAGGCAUCUAUCUUUUCUUUUUUGUCUACUUUACUUUAGUCGCAAUGCUUCACUUAGCUCUGCUUUUCUUUUUUUGCUUCCGAUUUUUUUUAUUUUUUUUUUAUUUGAGCAUGCAGGGUCUUUUGCACCGUGAAUUCUCAUUUUUCAUGUCUAGUGUUUGUCCUUUCCUUUCGCUUUAGGGUUUAAAUCACCUCUGGUUGUCAUUGUAUUUCAUGGGUGUUUUUAUUUCUUAUUUGUUGAAUUGUACAGUGUUUCUCCUAGCUUAAAAUUCUAAUUGUUGAGGCCUCCUUGGUUGUUGAUGUUGUGGAGUUUGAAUUCUAUUUAAGAGCGCGCUGAAGUUUCUGCGUGUUUUAUUCUCUGUUUCAUAGCAAGUGGUCUUAAUGCGGGCGAUGCCUCAAUCUGCCUUCGUCUCCUGGAUUGCUCUGUAGCCCGCUUGUUGAAGAUAAGAAAAGAAAAGAAAAUGUGUAUAGUGGUGACUCGAGUGUUUCUGCUAAAAUGUGUUACUUGCGUCCUAUUUAAGGUGUGCGCGAAAGUUUCGACGUCUUCCCAGUUCCCCGACCCAGGUUGCUUGUUAAUUUUUGUUUUUUAAACAAACAGACUUUGUGCGGUGUUCAGGCCGAGCUCUUUGGAUCACACUGAAGUAAUAAAAUUAUGUCUGAGUUACUGUUUCAUUUAGAGAGUAUGUCUGAUUUUUUUCUCGUGACUUAGGCAAACACUUUUCUGAAACACUCUAUGAAUAGUUAAAGGAGUCGUUCAAUCAUAUCGAGUUGGAAUGUUUCUUAUUUUAUACGGGGUUCCCAAGAAUACUCACACGCAACGCCACUGUCCAAGAAGUCUCUUUGUCAGGGUGUAACUUCAAGGACUUUUUUACAGC